AUGCCUGAAGACCAAGACGAAGAGCAGAUCACCAGAGAUGCAUAUACACAUUAUCGCAACCCUCUCGAAGUGCAGCGCCAGCAAUCCCAGUCAAUUCCACCCGUCUGCGAUCCAACAGCGUGUCAGUCACCCCUUGAUGAAUUGCCACAUUCUCUAAACCCGUCUACAAUUAUCACAAGCCUUGAGGAAACGACUGCCCAUUGCAGAUUGUAUACGCUUUGCACCCGCUCUACACCGGAGAUCCAUUAUACUGGUAAAGCGUUCAAUCUACAUGGGCUUUCUAGGCAGAUACGAAAUUCUCGAAUCAGGAAUCUAAAGAGGGCAGCAUCGAGGCCGGACUUUCUCCACUCGGAAGACUCGCAUGGGCUGAAAUGGCUGGUAUUUAUUCUGCCUAUCGAAAGCGCGGGAAGUGACAAGAUGAAACUUGAACCAGCUGGGUCUGCAAGUAAUGCCAGAGUCCUAUCAAUGAAGAGUUCCUUGCCGCCUAGAAUCGACGAACAUAUUUAUUUGGACCUGGAAUUUUUGCAACUCGAGGAGUGUGAUGGAGACGGUCAAUCUACCGAGCUUGAGACAUUGGCUUUGAAGGAUCAGAUGAAAGAGAAUUCAAAGACAUCUUGUCAGACAGAAUAUGCCAGGGCCAAACAACAACGAAGAAGACAAGCCAAGAGACAGCAAGAGAGAAAUCGUCAAAUCCGCGACCAAACCCAUAAUGAUGCCAACUGUACCGGCGUUCUGCGUGAGGAGUGUAAUAUUCCGGGCGCUACUCGACGGAUCUCAAGCGUAUUGAUAUCUAGUUCAACGCAGACAGAUAUCGGAGGAGGGCCUUUGGAGCACUCUUUUCAUUCACCAAACCAUGUCAAAGACAUCCUUCAAGGGAUACCUCUCAGGCCUAGGUAUGGACAAGACACCCGUAACUUUCAAGAUAUAGAAUUCACAGUGAACCGAGCUUCUGCUCCCAGUGACUACGAUUCUCUUAUGGGUCGCUUGAUGAUGGUGUUCCUGAAAAGGAGAUGGCAAGACUCAUUCAUUGACGACUUCUUUAAGGCUGCCUGUACCUAUUGCAAAACGAGGACCAAACCUAAUUUCACGAGUCUCGCGCUUGGUCGCGUGAUGGAAAUCUAUUAUCAAGAAGCGGACCCUUUCAGACCCAUUGUGUGUCGCUCCCUCGACCUAAAGCAACAAGGUUGGGUGAAAAUAGGCCUCUAUACGAUACCAUUCGCAUGGGAUGAAGUCGUGUCUCUGGUCAUACAACUUCAACGACUGCCGGAUCCUUAUGACCACAACGGCAAUCAUUCAUCUUGUAGAUUGGCGGAUUCGAGUCUGACUACCGAAGAGGUGCAGGAUUCCUCAGAACAUCACAGUCAAACAGAAGCGAUCACGCAGACUCCGUCCCACUAA